UCCACCCGUCACCUGUCUCUCGAGUUCCCAGUCACAGGAUUCGUGAACCACAUUCCUGUUCUCCCAGUCAUCUCGCGACAGACAUGUCUACCAAUGUGGUCAUUGUUGGUGCCGGCGUCCUAGGCCUCACCACCGCCCUCAUUCUCUCCAAACAUGAAAACCUCUCAAUUGUCGUUGUUGCCAAACACAUGCCCGGAGACUACGAUAUCGAGUACGCUUCGCCUUGGGCUGGGGCCAACUUCUUCCCCGUAGGGAAGCCGGGUUCCAAUCUUCAAAAGUUCGAAAAGGCAACUUGGGGAGAGCUGGAUAGAGUUUGCAGAGAGAUUCCAGAAGCAGGUAUCCACUUCCAAGAGACAGUCAUCUACGGACGCAAGAAAGAUGCUGGCACCGCCACGGGAGACUGGUUCGGAGAGUUGGUCAGGGAAGAUGCGUGGUUCAAGGAUGUCGUACCCGAUUUCCGCGUCCUAGGCAAAUCGGAGCUGCCAGAUGAUUGCGACACAGGGACUACCUUCACCAGUGUAUGUUUGAACACGGCCGUCUAUCUUCCUUGGUUGCUAGGUCAGUGUGUCAAGAACGGCGUAACCAUCAAACGCGGAAUCCUUGAUCACAUCUCUGAUGCUCCGUCCCAUCACCCCAAUGGGCAUGCCUCGAUAAUCGUGAACUGUACCGGACUCCAGGCAUCCAAGCUUGGGGGCGUCGAGGACCAGAACGUCUACCCCGGCCGUGGUCAGGUUGUACUUGUGAGGAACGAACCGGGUGUCAUGAUCACCGUUAGCGGUACUGAUGAUGGCGGCGAUGAAGCGACAUAUAUCAUGCAUCGCGCUGUAGGCGGUGGAACCAUCCUUGGUGGCUGCUUGCAACAUGGAAGCUGGGAAUCUCAACCUGAUCCUAACCUCGCUCAGCGAAUCAUGCAGCGGUCCAUUGAUCUCUGCCCUGCCCUCGCCCCCAAGACGGGUAAAGUGAGUGAACUAUCGAUUGUAAGGCACGGAGUUGGAUUGAGACCGAUGAGAAAGGGCGGGCUUAGGGUGGAGAAAGAGCAAAUCGAAGGAAAUACAGUGAUACACAACUAUGGUCAUGCUGGAUAUGGUUAUCAAAGCAGUUAUGGAAGUGCAUGGGAAGUGGAGAGAUUGGUGUUGGAGAGUCUGAAGGGAAACGGAAAGGUAAAGUCCAAAUUAUAA